GAAGAAUAUUAUUUUUAUAUAAACGGGUCAUAUUUAUUAUUAUUCGUAUGUUAAAUUUGUGAAAUAAGUAGCAGUUUUUACAAUGACCUCGUUUACUCAGCUUUCUCGACUAAGCAAUUACUUCUUAGGAAGUUAUAAAAGUGUUCUACACGGAAGAACUAGUUGGUUGAAUCCCAUUCAAGUAUGCAGCUACACAAGAAAGUCUGCAGAAGAGAGGCUUGGCUUAGAAAAGCCAAAGAGGCCUCUAACACCAUUUUUCAAGUUUAUGACACAGAUGAGGCCAGCUCUCCUGGCUAAGAACCCUGGCAUCUCAUCUAAGGAGGCUAUUUCCUGGACAUCUAAACACUGGCAACAGUUGGAUUUAGAGACUAAAACUCAGAUGGCAAAGGAAUAUGAGAAAGAUUUAGAAGAUUACAAGAAAAUCAAGGCAAUGUAUGAAUCUUCACUAACAGACAAACAGAAGGAAGACAUUAAAAGACUGAAGGAUGAAAUGGCUGUAGCCAAAGAAAAAAGAAAGUUACGGGCUGAGUACAAAGAGCUUGGACGUCCAAAAAAGCCAAUGUCUUCCUAUUUCCUCUUUACUCAAACUAGAAAGGAAGUUUUUAAAGGCAAAGACUUGAAACAGUAUCAAGAACUAGUCAAACAAGAGUGGCUUAAGUUAUCUGCAAAUGAAAAAGCUAAGUAUGAAAAACAAGCUGCAGACCUCAUGACUAAGUAUAAGAAAGAACUAGAAGCUUGGGAACUGAAAAUGAUAUCAAUGGGCCGCACAGAUCUUGUUCGUAGCAAACCAAUCCGAGAGAAAAAGCCUAAGGCUGCGGCAAAGACCCAAUAGGAACUCGGGUGCUCUGAUGAAUCAGCUGACUCUUCCCUAAAUAGCGAUAAGGAUGAUAUUGUACAAAGUAUUGAUAAGCCAACUUCCAGUCAAAACUUCUUUACAGUUAAGGAAAGCGUAGUCCCUCAAAAUAUUUCUGUCACUUCAGAGUCAGAUCGUCGGAGCACGGGUGAUACAGGCGUUCCUAAAAUGCCAGUUCAAAGUGACCAACGUAAACAGAGUAAGAAUAUCUUCAGUAGUAUUAAAAACUUCUUUAAUCGUUAAGUUUUAGUUUUGUAGAUCUGGAUCACAGUUCAUGCAUUUUUUUGUUGAUAGUUUUUUUCUUUCACCUUUGUGUGAGUUUCGUAAUUGAAUACAGUUUAUGAUUAUGUAAA